AUGAAUAUUCGAUCUAAAGAUAUCAUUAAUUUCGACGAGACUAAGUUCCGUAUUAGCUGUCCGCGAGGAACGGAAGUAUUAGUUCCUGGAUCUAUUCAAGAGCAAUGGUUCGUUUCGAACCUUCUUAUAAGCACACUUAUUAAGGAAGCUGAUAAUAGAUUCACGGACAAUAAAAUCGCAUUGCUAUACCUCGAGCAUUAUAUUAAAAACGCAGAUUAUGGACCGAAUAAACCUUGGAAGCUUAUGUUGAUAGAUAAUCACGCCAGCUACCGGACUCCGGAAUUCAUCAAUUUAGCUAAUAAAAAUCACAUUCUACCGUACCCGUUGAUUCUUCACCUCACUCAUUGCAUGCAACCUCUUGAUCAAAAUAAAUGCAACGAGUUAUUGAGUAGUCCUUUUCGACAAGAAUUCGAAUCCUAUAUGAAAGUAGUAGAGAUUCAAACGAUUCGUUGCGAAAGUAUUAGAGAAUUUCUAACAUAUUCGAAAAAAUCCGCAUUCGCUUCCGAUCCGCAAUCGCUUAUGCCGACUAAGACUGAAAGGAUGAAAGGAGGCCCACCUAAGCGAGCCGACGAUUAUCGAGACGAAAGCAGUUCGAAGAGAAUAAAAGAGGUUUGA